AUGGACAAGAGCCACACAGUGAAGCUCUUCGUGGGCAAUCUGGCGUUGGACACCACCCAGGAAGAGCUCUCAGCCAUCUUCGAACCCUACGGCCAGGUGGUCAGCUGCAGCGUGCUACGACAGUUCGCCUUCGUACACCUGCAGGGCGAGGGCGCUGCCGAGCGUGCCAUCCGGGAACUCAAUGGACGGGAGUUUCGUGGACGGAAUCUGGUGGUGGAGGAGUCGAGGGGAAGGCCUUUACACUCCACCAAGGUGUUUGUGGGUAAUCUGAGUGGGAUGUGCACCACCGAAGACCUACAGCAGCUGUUCCAGACGUUUGGGAAAGUUCUUGAGUGUGACAAAGUCAAAGGUGAGUAGAGAUCGUGUGAAUUGUUUUGGUAGUUUUAAAUUCACCCUGUCCCUUCUUUUUGGGGUUGGGCAAGAUACUCUUACACCUGGGGAACUAAAGUGUAAAGGAGACCUAGUAUGCUGAUCCAUAUUUUAUUCCAUCUAUGCAAUGUUUAAAUGUUUGAUGUUCAUUCCUAACCUGGUAAUGUUUCAAAACAUAAGGUACACAGAUGCUAGCGUAGUCCCUGGAUGUUUUUUCACACUUUUUGGAAAGACUUGUUUUAAUAACUUGGCAUGACUUGGUCUGAACCUGACAUCAGCUAGGACAACUUUGAAAGACAUGCCCACCUAGCAGCUUCUCCAAGAACAAAUCCAUAUCUUAUUUUAAAGUUUCCCUUGCCUGGAAGGUCCGUUUCACCUAUUGACUUUACCUCCGAUUUGCACUUUGUUGAGUCAGUAUGUCUCGGAAAGUUGGCCUGAAGUGUUCCUCUGGUUGUGAAGAACAGUCAUGGCUAGAAGACACUGGGAAGUUCUUGUGUUUUCAGGACAAUAACGGCCAAGGCAUCGCUGUAUGUGCUCACCACUCCACUGAUGAGUCCUUUGUAAACAAAGGCCAGAAUGAGCUGAAACCCAGGGCCAGGCAGCACAUUCAGGUUGUGUCAUAUAUAAACAGCUGUGUUAAAAAGUAACACCCCCAAAGCUGUGUUUCACUUUUAGCAGACAAGAAGCCAAAGCAAAAAUUCAUGAACAGAGCUGUUUUUGAGCAUAGUAGGUCUCCUUUAAGCUAGGUCUGUUAAGACAUCAUGUCUAAAGGUCUAAUUUCAAAUGUUGUGAUGCUAAGACCUUUUGUAUACACGUCAAAGUCAAACUGUUAGAGUCUAAAAAGUUUUUGACUCUUUUGCAAAGUUUUUAAUGUAAAAACAAGAAAAAUACGACAUCCUUUCAGUAAAUCCGGACAACACAGUUUCUAUUGGCGCUGUUUCUAUAUCUGGUAGAAGUAAUAAGUAAGUUGAUGUGGCGAUGCCACUUUGAUCCUAAUUGUUGUCCCUGCGCUCAAUGACAGCCAGGCAUUCCUCUUCUGCAGGUUAUGCCUUCGUCCACAUGGAAAACAAGGAGGACGCUCUCCAGGCCAUCGAGGCUCUGCAUGGGACCUCUUUUAAGGGCCGCCCCCUCUCUGUAGAGCUGUCCAAGGUCCAGCCCAGCAAACAAGCACCAACAGGGAAAAUCCCCUGUGUUAACUGUGGAAAACAGGGCCACUAUGCUGGAGAGUGCCCUGUAGGGAAGCCGUCUCUUGAGCAGUACCAGAGUCAAGCAGCAGUCCUGGCAGCCGCUGCUGCUGCAGCUGCCGGCCUGCCCCUCCAGGUUCAACAAAGUGUGCACAAUUCAGUCUAUAACACCUCCACCUUUGAUCCCACCUACGCUGCCCUCACUGGGAUCACCACAGGCACACGUACUGACGGAAACCCAGUGAAUCCAGCUGUUUAUGGCGCCCUUGCCAGCCAGGUUUAUGGUGCCAAUGUUGCCAAUCAGCUUUAUGGAACUGUGGCCAAUCAGGCAGCUCUUACAUCAGGGGCCACCCAGAUGUACAGCUCAGUGACUCCCAACAUCUAUGGCCAGAUGGCUGCAACCCCAGCGGCUGCCGCUGCAGCUGCAGCAGCUGCUGCUUACUCUACUCAAGUUUACACCCCAACUGUGGCCAACCCCCAGGUCUACCUGGCUGCUGCUCCUGGAAUAGAAAUGCCAACAGCAGCAGCAGCAGUCAACCCAGCCUACAGUGUAUCUCCAGCGAUUUAUGGUGCCGCCACACCAGCCUACGCUCACAUAAGCGCCAUGGGAGCAGCCGACCCCACCACAGCCAUCUUUGAGGCAGCCAGGCAGGCACAUUACUUUGCCCAGGGCCAGCAGGUUGUCGCCGAGCAGCAGUCAGUAGCUGCAGCAGCAGCGGCGGCAGCUGCGGCAAAGUCUGGUGAGAGGGAUCGUAGCCCCCUGCGGAGGUCAGUUCCUCUGUUACCGGACCCAGUGAUGAAGCCGUUUAUGUACCAGAGAGCGAAGCCACGGCGACCCCUGCUCCCCACACCAGCUGGUCGGGCGGCAGAAGAGGCAGUGGAGGCUGCAGAGGACCCCAUGGCCAGGUAGGACAUGAUCUUUGUCCGUCACCUUAACCAACAGUGCCUCAACUAACCAGCCGCUCCGUGGAAUAGUUGGAUUUUGCGUGAAUUCCUCAAGCUUCUAUCUGCUCUUAUUUUGCACAUCAGCAGUUUUCUCAGCCCUUGCCUCUCCAGAUGUGUUGUGAAUAACCCCCUUUAAUGCCUUUGCUGUCCUCCUACCUGCUUCACUUUCCCCCUCCCACCUUGACUCCUCCCCCCCGUCUCCUCUCUCCUCUCAGGUACUAUGCUGAGUACUACCAGCAGCUGCAGCAGUACCCUCAGUUCCAGUAUGCCUACCCACCGCCCACCGCGGUGACAGCCAUCGCUGGCAUGCCGGGAGUGCCAGCAGUCCCCGCCGCGAUGUCAGCUCAGCCAGUCGCCACGCUGGACGCCCUCAGGCCAGUGGUCCCCACCGCUGCGGCAGUGGCAGCCGCCAUGGCCGCGCCCAGGGUGUAUGAGCCGCCGUUGCCGCCGCCCACGCGCAAGGAGGCCAUCCUCCGCCGCCCCGAACUCUCCCUUCACACGCCUGAGCCCCCCUUCCGAUAG